CCAACACACAGACCAACGAGCUCAAUUGACGCGUAUAAAGCAGCCUUAAAAGACGUUGUAAGAGUACAGGGGAAGCCUCUACCAUCACCAAAGUCUGUACCACAACAGUUACCUCUAUCCAGAUCGCGUACACAGGAUGGAGCAUAUCCCCAGAGUAAUUCCGAUGAUGGUGCGAGGAAGUCAGCAGCUAGGAUGUCUAGAUCAAACACAACAGAUUCAAAGACAGGAAAGAAGCCUGGAAAGCACUUUGAUGUAAUUGAUAGCUGGGACGUAACUGCUGUAACUGGAUCUGCCCUAUGGCAUCAUGAUAGUCCGUAUGACGCAGCAUCACCUUCACGUAAUGAUUCACAUAAAGCACCUGUGAAAGCAUUUAAUGCACAAAUGAUGCAUGAGUCACGUGAAGUAAAACCAGCAGAGACGGAGGAUGAAAGAGAGAAUAGGUUGAGAGAAGAGAAGAAAAAGCGUAAUCCAUUGUUAGAAGUUUGGGGUAAACAUGAAGAGGAACCUUGGGAAGCAUUUAGCGCUGGUGCAAAGAAUUUACCAUCAGGUGGCGCACGUGUAACUUCCGACAUGUAUCAAGAAUCACCUCUUUUACCACCAAAACCGACAAGGAAACCUAGUACGAGAAUACCCCCACCGCGACCAAUCAAGAUGGAUGAUGAGAUUGAUCCUGACAAGCCAAUACAAUGGUCAGGUGGUAGUACAAGAAGAUCAUCUGUGGGACCAAGUGACACCAUGAGACGUAGUCAAUCUUUACUCAAGAGGUGGAAGAGUAGCAGAAGAUCACCUAAAUCUCAAAGUGGUGGAAAUUCAACCGCAAGUCAAACACCUUCAAUUUCACCAUCACCAAGUGCAUACGAUAAGAACUUACCGGAGCCACCAACAGGGAAAAGCGAGAAAGAAGAAACACCACCACCAGAAACUCCGAUCAAGGAGAAAGAGAACGAAAGCGAGCCUCUGUUAACUAGAAAGAGAAGUCUGUUAGAUAAAGUGAAAGUGCUCGGUAAAGGUGUUAGAGUACGCUCAAAGGAUGCCAAGGUAGCCAAUUAAAUUGAGAUCAUCACUAAUAAUAAUAAAUAAUUGUACAAUAAAACUAGUCUAAUCAAUUGUUCAUUUAAAGCAUCUAACGUAGGCUUCCAUUCCGAUGACUUCUUGUAAGUUGAUGCAGUUGUCACGUAGAAAUAAUUUGAUAACUUCUUCAUCUUUACCUGCUAGUCUAAUAACGGAAGCGUCCUUGUUGAUUGGAGUGUAAGACCAUAAAACAUCCAUUCCAAUGUCGAAUCUCCCGUUUAAUACGGCAUUUUGCUUAUCGUAUGCAUGUUCGAACGCCCGUCUUACAUCUUCGGUUUGUUUUCCAAGUAAAAUAAGUAACCCGUAAACAUGAAAAGGUCCCAUUCUCUUUUCUAUAUCCGGUUUCGCGACAGUUUGAGCGUCUCUGAUUAUUAAAACAUCAUCAAUGUAUAUGUUAUUAAUGGAAGUGUAAGUAUCGAAUUGCCAUGAUUCACCACGUGCACUUCUACCACUUGAGAAAGCAUCUAAUAUGACAGCAGAUGAUGUAGAGUGUAAGUAGAAAUUCUGUUUUUGUUUAUACCGCGACUGUGCGAAUGGUUGAACGGGAUCAGGAAGGGAAAUAAUCAUGCAACCGGGAUCAACAGUGGUUGAUAAUUUCUGUUGGGAUGUCUUUAUACCAUCGCUUUUGAAAACUUUUGUUGAUCCUUGAGUGAGUAGUAGGAGAGUACUACCAUCUUGGACUUUUACUCCGAGGUUGCAUAUAUCACCCGCAACCAAUCCACCCCCAUAUUGAAGACUAUAGCAUAUACCGAUUCUCGCUGGACCACUCCGUAUAGUCGGUGCGAUAAGUUUGAGCGGAUAGGAUGCAGUUAAAUCUGAGAAAUAAGUGCGAUAACCAUCGCUAGUUAUAGAAAUGUUACCAAAUAUACUCUUGAAAUCGUUAUUUAUAUUCUCCAUAGUCCAUCUGAUAGUGGUUGUCUGUCUACAAGAAAAAAAAAGUUUAUGGAAUGACUUUCUUAAGCCAAAUUUCUAAAUCAGCCAACUCCUCUUGACAAGCGCCGUGUCCAAUUCCAUCGUAUUUGUUGAAUGAAAUACCGCCAUUAGUUGGUUUAUCUGAAUCGACGGUUUUGAAUCCUAAACUUUUGAUAUACUCGUUUGUCAAUUCCGCGUACUUUGGAUUCACGACUGGGUCAUCACUACCGUGUGCUUGGAAGAUAGGUAAAAGCUGAUGGUGUGGACCCAACAUACUCUUAAUCUUGUUGCGCAUUGGAAGCCAUCCACUGAGUGCGACUGUACCCGCGAGUUUACGCUCAGACGAGAGGCCAAUGAGGUAUGAUAGGGCGCUUCCCUGACUAAAUCCACCGAUAACGAUGCGAUCUGAAGGGAUUCCGUUGUCAACUUCUGCUGUAAUCAACUUAUUCAACUCUGAGCUGCUCUUGAGUAAACCAUCCUCGUCGUCUGUACCCUCCAAAGUUAAACUUGUCAAGUCAAACCAGGAUGGCAUUGACAUUCCACCGUUUAGUGUUACUGGUUGGGAUGGUGCGUGAGGGAGGAUAAAUUUCACGUGUGGUAGACUCUGGCUGAGGAAUUCAGCAACUGGUUUCCAACCGUAGCCGCUGUCAC